CGAGUCGCAGUCCCACGUCGACGCCGACUCUAACGUUCAACGGUCAACGUCAAGACUGCACGGUAGCGUCGAAGGCUCAAAGCUCGCUCACGCAAAAAGAGACGGAGAAGCGAGGGGAACACGGAACUAGGGGAGGUGGACCACGGAAGGGAGAUGCUUCUCAUGAGUGACUCGGGCACUGACAGUGACGGUGAGUCUUCUCCCAUCCGCGCAUGCCCAAGCUUCAGCUUCAAGAUCCAAGUCCCGUCCCCAUCGUUUAAGACGGGCCCUGCUCCCCGUUCGCGCGCCGACUACCCCGGCCUUCGUGGACCUCUGCGGAAAUGAUUCCGUCAUACCCCCUCGCAGCAUCUCCAGCUCGACCUCUGACCAGACGCUCGAUUGAGGCCACGCGCACGUUCUCAUCCUCGUGCAUGGCAGUGCGCUCACGCAGCUCCAGUCGCCAGGCACACCAUGCUCGUCGCGAUGCCCAAAUACAUAGUGCACGUCUUGAAUGAGCGAAAUGACGGGGCCUCGGAAUUGCGGCUGCCACCCUCGCGGAACCGCUCCCAGUCACGCAAUAGGUCCGUGAACGGGUACUUCGCGACGAUCACGGACAACUUACAGGUACGGGUCGAGCUCGGGAUACCCAUGGGUAUACCCGUGCUCGACCCGGUGACGGUAACGAACCCUAGCCCGCAAGAACUCGCCCAGGACAACCCCGCAAGCGACGACCCGACUGCGGAUGCACCCAGCAGGCAAGUACUCACCUAUGAUGACCCCGCCCAGCAAGAGGGCGUCCGAGGACAAGCCCGCCAAGGAUAG